ACCAUCGGGACUUGUUUGAGGACCUAUCAAAAUAUCUGAUUGCUUUUUAAAAAACCACUUAGUUAACACUUAAUCAGACUGGUUGUAUUUUUUAUUUUUGGACGCAGACUCAGAUUUUGGUGCCAUGUUACAGAGGUAACAUAUUCAAGUCUUAUUGAACUGUGCGUCAAAAAACAACAACUUUGGCUUCUUAGACAUUUUUUGGACCACAGAAUAUUUGUUUCAGAAAUGGCGAAACCCAUGGACCAUGUGAAGCGUCCAAUGAACGCUUUUAUGGUGUGGUCGAGAGCGCAGAGGAGGAAGAUGGCACUGGACAACCCGAAGAUGCACAACUCUGAGAUCAGCAAGCGCCUCGGGGGAGAAUGGAAACUUCUGUCGGACACUGAAAAAAGACCUUUUAUAGACGAGGCAAAACGUCUCAGAGCCGUUCACAUGAAGGAGCAUCCGGAUUACAAAUACAGACCCCGGCGGAAGCCUAAAAACCUCAUUAAAAAAGACACGUAUCACUUUAAUGUGGCGUAUAAUUUGGGAGACAUGGACCCGCUGAAAAGUGCGCGGUUACCCGGCGACGCGCUCACGGAGUCGAUGAUGGGGAACGCGGAGAAAACUUCCGCGGCUACCAGAAUGUUUUUCGGUCACCAUAUGUCAGGCAACCCCUAUCCAUUUCUCGACGUGACCUCGAAAAUGUCGGAAUUCCCCCCCGCACCAUUUCCAUCUUAUUCUGUGCUCGGUUAUCCCGCUGGAGUACCCGCGUUUCCCGGGAUGGGGAUCCUGGCUGGCGCGUCACACGCACACCCGUCUCCGUGUAACCAGGGCCACAUGUUGCACUACAGCUAUCCGGGCUGGCCGCCGGGUUCUGCACCUGCUGUUCCUUCAGCUUAUGUGCUUUUACCAAGAAUGACCAAAGCCCAGCAUGAACCUUAUCUGGCGUAG